AUUUUGCCGCUUGGACUUUCCACCCCUCGCCCCGAUUCCCUUCCCUUUCUUCCUCCCCGAACCGCUUUAGCUCGCCAGCAAAGUGGACGGGCCUUGGAUUGGAUCCCUUGGAUUUGAGUUGGCGCGGAAACACAUGCGAUCACUGUGCAUGCCCAAACGAACGCAUCAUCGAUCAUGAGUAGCCACUAGCCACUAGCCAGUGUGAGAGUAUUAGUGCAAGAGGACAGACAAUCUAUGCUACGCAAACCCCCCAUGCCUCCUCCCUCCUACAUACAUAUAUAUACCCCGGCUCGCCCCCUCCAACCUCCCCUCAGCCAAUGAUCGGUCCAUUUGCAGCUUGCUAGCUAGCUCCAACCAGACCAGACAGCGCCACCCCUCCCUCUCGCAUCGCACACUCGCAUACCCACCUAGCUAGCUCGCUCUACCCACUACAAGUGAGCUAAGCCAGUCCUAGCUCUGCAACAAGAAGCACUUGCGAGCCAGCUACUCGUCGUAAGCAAGUCCAUCUCGCCGAUGAGAAGGCAGGGGCGCAAUGAGGCUUCCCCGUCGAUCAUCCACACGUCGUCCAUAGCCCUCCUCCAGGAGCGGUUCAGGAACCUGCAGAGGGUCAAGGAGAUGCGGGAGGGCAGGGAGCUGCAGCGGGUGCACCACUCCGCCGACGCCACCGACCGCGCCGGCUCCCCGUUGCCGCCGGCGCCUCUCGACCUUGGCCUGCAGCCCACGGCGGCCGGCGGCGACGAGCGGCCGAGGUGGUUCUUGCACCCGGACCUGGUGCGGCCGUCCAGGCCCCUGCACGGCGCGUCCGCCUACAGCGGCUUCGGCGGCGACAACGGCGGCGUUCAGGCGUCGCAGCCCGCGGCGGCGGCGGCGGGCUCGUGGGGGGAGGUGCCGAGAAUGCAGAAUUCGGGCUAUAGGGGUGAUGUAGACGUGGACACCUCGCUUCAUCUGUAAUAUCGUCGUCUACGUACGUACGCCGUCCCAGCUGCGGGCUGCGGCUAGCUGUUCUUUGGUUAUUUUGUACGUACGGCUUGUAAGCUCCGGACUUAUUUGCAGUACCACUAGUUAUUACC